CUGAUACAGUUGUUUAAAAGAAAUGUCGUAAGAAAAUCACGAGGUCCCUAAAUUUCUAAAUUUGCCCCUAGAACAAUUGAUAAUAAACCCUAAAGUUUUGCCCAAAGCUUCUUAAAAGUCUCGUUAAUUAGUGUUAAGCACUUGUGUCAGAAAUAUUUAGCCCAUCGUUCUGAUUUGAAGUACAAAUUAUUAUUUGCAAACACUAUUUAUUACACUUAUCAGUUAUUCUGAUUUUGUUGUGAGUUGUAGAAUAAAUGUUUUGAUCAGAGUGAAAACCCGUAAUAACAUGAAACAGUGCUAACUUAUACAGCUGCAGUUGGUGAAGAGGAGAUGCAGGAACAUUUUGAUAAUUUCUUUGAAGAUGUCUUUGUAGAAUUGGAAGAUAAGUAUGGAGAGAUCGAAGAAAUGAAUGUAUGUGACAACCUUGGAGACCAUUUGGUGGGAAAUGUUUAUGUAAAGUUUCGACGUGAAGAAGAUGCCGAAAAGGCAGUGGCAGACUUGAACAAUCGAUGGUUUGCUGGCAGACCGGUUUAUGCUGAACUUUCUCCAGUUACAGAUUUUAGAGAGGCUUGUUGUCGACAGUACGAAAUGGGGGAAUGUACCAGAAGUGGAUUCUGUAACUUUAUGCAUUUGAAACCCAUAUCUCGGGAGUUACGGCGAGAACUGUAUGGCAGGAGAAGGAAAAGAAUGUCUCGUUCUCGAUCGAGGUCUAAAAGUCGUGAUCGCGGCCGCCGAUCUCGUAGUAGAGAACGAAGGCGGAGAAGUCGAAGCAGAGAGCGUAAGGAUCGGCGAUCUAGAAGCCGCGAAAAGGAUAAAGACCGUAAAGACAGAGAAGAGCGAGCUGGAAGAUUUUGAAGAGACUUAAAAAAAAAGUUGUAAUUUUUAUUGGACUUCUUACACUGUCUUGUUUUCUUCCUCAGUCAUUUAUAAAAUGUCUUAGCAAUGAUUUGAUUCCUAAGUAUAGGAUUUUCAGAGGACUAUUUUGUUGUGGCAUAAACUUAUUUUGGUUUUGACCAACCAAAAUGUUAUUUGUCUGACUGGUAACAACAGUGUUAUAAAGUUUGUUUUUGAAUUCUUUCCGUCUACACCAAAAUCAGAUUUAGUAAGAAAAAAAAAGAAAUUAAGGACAGUUGUAAAACAGCGUUAUUCAUAAAAAAAAAAAACAGACCAAUUUCUUAUGUAUAACUUUUAACAUUAUGCUUUCAGAUAAUAAACAAAAUGUUGUCUACUUUUAUGAACCGAAACACUUUUAUUUACUGAUCUUUGUAAAGGUUGAAGCUGGGAGCGAAUCUCUCGGCUUAAAUUUUUUUUAAUAAAAAAAAUGACAGUUAAAUUUACCAUA